AUGCAGCUCAUACUUCACAAAGUUCCAAAGAAGAAUACAUCAUGCGUUGUCAUGUAUAUGAUAAACUAUCAGUCUCUGGUUGUAAACUUGCAACAUGUGAACUUUUGGUUGGAUUUUUUUUUGCAAGAGGGGAGUGGAAAAGCUAGAAACUCGGUGAGGUUUCAUAUGUUGAUUCUGGUUUUCACAGCUAUUAUCUGGCAUUUGGCAUUGACCUCAGAGUCAUCUUCUUUGUUCUCCAAUGGCAUAACCUCCAUGAGACUACCUAUUGUUCUGAUACUAGCAGUGGUUAUGAUACACAUAGUAGAUAU